AUGUUUAAUGUUUGUUUGAAUGGAGAUAAUGUUGGUUCUGCAAAGGAGGAGUUCCGGUCGAAGAUAUUGGAGGGUGCGAGUAAUUACGCGGACAAUUUAUUUGACAGGACACUACGUGUGAUAGGGAGUGGUCGUAAGGUAUUGGUUGUGUUAGGAGGUGCUGAAUUUGGGCAUGCGAAGGGUAAGUUGAAUGCGUUGAUGGCUGAUGUAGCGGAUAAGACAUUAGUGGCUGCUGGUUGUCAAGUGAAGACGAUAAAUUGCAGUGACGUGGAGCGUGUUGAUUUUAACCCGGAAGAACAUGUGAAGGCUCUGUUAUGGGCAGAGGUUGUAAUCCUUCAAUUUCCUAUAUGGUGGUUCAGUACUCCAUGGAUCAUGAAAAAGUGGAUGGACAUCGUCUUAACUACACCCACACUAUCCACCGAUGGUCGUUCGAGAAAGGAUCCCACCAAAAAAUAUGGCAGUGGCGGCCACCUACACGGCGGCUACUAUAUGCUUUCUGCCACUUGGAAUGCACCACCCCAAGCCUUUGAAGACCCCGAAAACUUGGUCUUUGGCUUGUCAAAAGACACCGCUCUCAUGAGCAUGCACCUACUCUGCCAAUUCCUAGGACUACAACCACUCCAAACCUUCUCUUGCUACAAUGUUAUGAAAGACCCACACGUCGACGAAUAUAUCACCGAGUAUAAAGAACAUCUCCUCCGCAUUUUUUCAAACUAA